AUGUUUAGAAGCAUUCAGCACCUUUGCAAACCCUUUCGAGAAUGCUGGAAACUAAGGGUAGUACUUUUAACAGUUUUGCUGCUUCCGGUCGCCGUCGUCCGUUCGGUUCCGGUUUCCGUGAAGAAGGGACGAAGCAGUUUCACCAUCGGAAACUGCGUGUGGGUCGUAGACCGGCCGUGCCCCGAUGCUGACAUUCGGUUCUAUCUGUUUACCCGUUCCAAUCCGGACGAUCGGCAGUACAUUCACAUCGAUGAGAGUUGGGAGAAGUCGAACAUUAGCUCGUCGUUCUUCAAUCCAUCGCACCCGGUGAAGGUGAUCAUCCAUGGCUACAACGCCGAUAUGUUCCUGACGCCCCUGAUAAACAUGAAAGGCGAAUACCUCUCGCGAGGGAACUACAACCUGAUUUACGUCGAUUGGAGUGACAUUGCGCAAGGUCCGUGUUACCCGUCGGCCGUGCAUAACACACGACACGUCGGCACGUGCAUUGGUCAGAUGGUUAACCGGAUCAUCGAUGCCGGGACGGACAAUAUCCAUCUGAUUGGCUUCUCACUCGGUGCGCAGGUUACCAACUAUGUGUCGACCGCAGUACGUCCGUUUCGGUUCAAACGGAUCACCGGCCUAGAUCCAGCGAUGCCGCUGUUUAUUACCGCUCCACCGAACGAUAAGCUGGAUCCCUCGGAUGCUGAGUUCGUGGACGUCAUUCACACGAAUGCUUUGGUGCAAGGGAAAAUCGAACGAUGUGGCCACGUAGAUUUUUACGUUAACGGCGGUAUCAUGCAGCCUGGUUGUUGGAGCUCUGGACAAAAUCCUAUGGCUUGCAGCCAUCAUCGCGCACCGGACUACUUUGCAGAAUCGAUCCGCAGCCUUACAGGAUUUUGGGGUUGGAGCUGUCAAAGCUACGUGUACUAUCUGCUCGGGUUCUGUCCACAGAGCAAUCUGCAGUUGGUGGCUGGCGAGGAUUGCCCGUCCGGGACGGAAGGAAUGUUCAUGGUUACCACCAACGCAGCAUCGCCGUUCGCCAUCGGCCGAUGGGCUGGUUUCAAUCUACCGCAGAAAAAGGACUCGGCACUGCACAAACAUGGCCUUAACCGAGAUCCCUUCAUCAGUGACAUUGACCAGUGGGGCAAAUUGGAUGGAUCGUUCAAUAACGUUGACCACUUUCCGACGCCUUACUCCCAGGAUCCGAAUCGAGCGGGCGACGACGAUGACUGGCCGUACUUCAAUCACGUUGGCACCAAGGAGUUGACCCGGGAGCACAUAAGAAAAAUACUCGAACAGGACAAAUCACGGUACAAUGGUGAGCAGCUGCCGAUUAUUGCAAGCACACUGGCCACCACAAUCCCCACGACACUACCGAGUGCCAACGAGGUCGACGAGGAUCGUUUCUACCUCGAGGACUUGCGACGGCGACUGCAGCAGAAAGAAGUCAGUGUCAUGAGCCAGUACACCAUGCCAGCGUUCAACGCCAAUUAAGUGCACCGCGACGAUUAUGUUUAAUCAAAGUCACACCAAAAUCCAUGUACGCCUGAUAGCAGCAUAAAAUGGAACCGGUUUUGCGGUUCUCUGACCGGUGGUGUACAGAUUAGAAAAUAAUAGUUCGGCAUAAAUUUGUGCUGCUGGACUGUUGUUACUUCCACCGUUAUUUUAAAGAAGGCCUUUCACUUUAUAGGUUUAGAGUCUACUCAGCAUUAUUCGUCAUAAACUAGUAAUAAAAAGUUUACCCCAAAGUAAACCAUUUCAAGUGCAGCGACGCGACAUUCACGUGGCCGUACCGUGGUUUAUUUAUAAAACGGACAAUCCCGGAAACAAUGAGUUCAGUUCAAACUUUUAUCGUUUCGCGUAAAAUUGACUAUUUACAAUAAUAAAGAUAUGAAAGGUUGUGACGUCUACAA